GUGAACUUACGUCAGCGGAAGUUAACAAGGGUAAACCGGUUUCAAUGAAAGUCAUAUAUCGUCUUACAUCAGGUUGUUACGGUGUUUUGCCAUAGCCGGACACAAGCGCAUUAUUAAAAUAUGCUAAUGGAAAUGGUUUGUCGGCCGUUGAACGUUUUUGGUUAGCUCCGUUUUAACGCGGAAAAUCCCUCAGUUUAGACAUUUGACCAAGACUGUACGACUGAUGCAGCCCUUCGUCAUGUCGAAGAUGGCGAGAAGACUCUUACGACUAUUGACGGGCUGCCAGCGCCUUGCUUCAUCUCCAUCCGUGUCUCCUCAUUUCUGCCGUCCGUCUACCGGGUUGCCAUUCGGAAGCGGCUUUGUGCGGAGUAUGGUGGCACUGCCAUUUUCCUUUUCCCUGAAGCCUCGGGACUUCAGCCUACCCAACUCCUCGUGGAGUGCAGAAAUGAUGCGCUUGUAUGACUUCUACAACAGCCAAUGUGAGUCGGAAAAUGAAUCUGGAGAGAAACAAAGGGGACCUUGGAGGAGAGUGCCCAGCUACAAUCGGACCCUCAAGUAUGCCACUGGAGGAGCCUAUCUCAGCAAAUUAAUCCAGUCCAAAAAUCGUCUUUUCACCCGAAGUAUCAAAACCACAGGAGCUGCAUUUGAGUAUGUCAUGUUUAAUAACAAAGAAGAGCAGAGGUGCAUUUGCAUUUUCCAGGCUGGACACCUGCUGGAGGGCCCUCCAGGGCAUGUCCACGGGGGGGCAAUCGCCACUAUGAUUGACUCUGUCACAGGCGCUCAUGCAGCUUUCAUGUCUGGACCAGUCAUGACAGCCAAUCUCAACAUCAAUUACCGCAGCCCCAUCCCUUUAGGAAGUACAGUGAUACUCGAAUCCUCCCUUGACAACAAGGAAGGUAGAAAAACAUUCAUUUCCUGUAAAGUGACCAGCACUGAUGGUUCCAAGCUGCACACUGAGGCAACAGGUAACAUUAUUUACAGCAUGUUACAUUUAUUUGACAGUAAUUUUAUUUCCUGACUGUUGUUUUUGUUUGUUUGUUUGUUAGCACUCUUCCUGUCUAUCAAACUCGGCCAUUUAUUGGGAAUGUGACACAAAAACCAUUGCAUUUUAAUAAGUGAAAGACUUAUUGGUGUGCCUUUGAGUACAGUAUUAUGUAGCUUAUUUUAAAUAUUUAUUGCCGGCCCGGUUGCCCAGUGGUUAGCGCGUCGACCUCACAGUGCAGAGGUUGUGGGUUUGAUCCUGGCUCCGGCCUUCCUGUGUAGAGUUUGCAUGUUCUCUCCAGGCCUGCGUGGGUUUUCUGCGGAGACUGCGGUUUCCUCCAACAUUCCAAAAACAUGCAUGGCAGGUUGAUUGAACACUCUAAAAUGUCCCUAGGUGUGAAUGUGAGCGCGGAUGGUUGUUCGUCUCUGUGUGACCUGCGAUUGGCUGGCAACUGGUUCAGGAUGUCCCCCGCCGACUACCCGAAGACGGCUGGGAUAGGGUCCAGCACCCCUUUGACCCUUGGGAGGAUAAAGCGGAUCGAAAAAUGGAUGGAUAAAUAUUUAUUUUACUUGUCAAAUUAUUUUAGGAGCUUCUCUACAAGGGUAACACAGCAUAGGAGUGAUUGGCACGUUCGACCAUACAGUUCUGAGACUGAGGUUGGAAGGUCGAAUCUGAGUGUGGGCAUGUAAAGUUCAUUGACUAAGGACUACAUUGUCCAUCGGUGUGAAUGUGAGUGAGUGCCUUUUGUGCUAUAGACUUGCAACUCUCACCCAAAGUGACUUGGAUAGGCUACAACUCGGGCCUAACCUUAGUGAGGACCAGCGCCUAAGAAAAUAGAUUGUGUGUGUUGAGUGACUGCUCAUGUGACUGAAUGAGGAAUUACUGUACAAUGUUAUUACUUGACUACCUCAUGUUUCAGUUUUACUAACACUAACACAUAUCCAAGCAUUAUUUAUCACAGGUAUUUUACUAACUUUGCAGCUACUGAGUGCAGUAAAUGCUUGAAACUAUACCUUACUGUAUGGUUGUUUGUUUCACAAUAAAGCCUUGCCUUUGGCUAAUUUAUGGAAGACACUACA